UGCAGUGGAACGUUUGUAAAGCACUAGAUGCAGAAUUAUGCUCAAUUUAUUUAUGUUUUACAUAUAUGCUAUUAAAGUUUCCAAUGAAAUCAAACAUCAGAGGACUUAUGGCACAAUAGGCCUCCUGAGACAUGUUAGAUACCAUAAAAACACUAGCACGCAAUGGUGACUCCACAUUCCCUACUAAAUCAGAGCACAAAUAGAGCUCAUUACCUGAAGAUGCAAUGAACGUAAUUUCAGAGUAUAUAACAGAAGGUCAUAAGUAUUCCUUGUGAAAGGAAAAUGGGGAAUGGAACAUAUUUUUACUUCAUGUUGUUUGAAAAUCUUGGGAGCAUAAAAUAUGCUUUUUUCACUUUGGGGUUUAUUUUUUACUGUGCUAUCAUAUACUUUAAUGUCAUUAUUAUUCUUGUAAUAUUUCUGGAAAAGACAUUGCACCAGCCCAUGUACAUUCUGAUUUCAUGCUUGUCCAUCAACUCUGUAUAUGGUACAGCUGGCUUUUUCCCAAGGUUACUGACAGACCUGCUCUAUGAUACACAUAAAAUCUCCUUUGAAGCAUGUCUUAUACAGAGUUUUGUCAUUUACUCAUAUGCAGCUUUUGAGCUUACAAUAUUAAUGCUAAUGGCAUUUGAUAGGUUUGUUGCAAUCAGCAAACCUUUGCAUUACAACAACAUAAUUACCACACGGUUGCUAGCUUUUUUAAUAGUUAUAGCAUGGCUUUAUCCAAUCACUUUUGUUGGUAUUAGUGCUCUUUUGACUGGCAGGCUAACAAUCUGUGGUAACAAAUUGUUAAGGGUGUACUGCCACAACUAUGAAAUUGUCAAACUCUCAUGUGUAAACAAUACUGUUAAUAAUAUUUAUGGCCUGAUUGUAACGAUCACAACCAUUUUUAUCCCUUUGAGUUUUAUAAUAUAUACCUAUGUCAGAAUUAUUAUCAUUUGUCAAAGAAGCACACGAGAGUUCAGGAGCAAAGCAUAUCAAACUUGUAUUCCACACAUAGUGAUCCUUUUAAAUUUCUCAGUUGCUGUUUUUUGUGAGCUCACUUUGAGUCGAUUUGUGAAUGGGGAACUUCCUGUAGCACUGAAUGUCGUCAUUUCACUUGAAUUUAUUGUUGUACCACCCAUUGUAAACCCUAUUGUUUAUGGUCUAAACUUUCCUGAUAUCCGCAAAAAAAUUAGACAUCUUAUAAAAGCCUCCAAAUAACCUGCUUUGUUUCUGUUGUAAUAGUGUUACACAGAAAACCAAGUUUGAAUAAAUGUAAAGAUAUUUGUUAACGCAAUCACUCACCUUUUAGUUUUUAAAGGUAUAUGCACUAAAUGUGAUAGUUUUCACCUCUCUGAAUUCUAUACCGGUUUUCGUUAAAUGAUCUCCUCAGUAAAUAUUUUUUUUGUGGAAGAAAUUAUAUAAGGGUUUUGGAAAAAGAAUCACAGAUUAACUUUCUUAAUUGAAAUAAUGAAGGGGCCAUUCAUAUCUUACCAGCUCAGAUUAAUAACUAUAGAAUAUAAGCUUCUAUGAAAUAUUUUAAAAAUGAUAUUAGUGUCAGUUUACAAUUCUUUAAUUCUUAAUUCUUUACAAUUGAUAUCUAUUUAGAAAUAAAAAUAAAAUAAAACUGUCUAUUUUUUUAACCAGUGUUGUUGUUUUUUUUUUUGUUUUUUUUUUUGUGAACCAUAAUAUUGUCGGACUGAAAGUCAUUUUAUUUUAAAAUAAGAAUUUAGGAAUUAGUUUUGAGAGGUUCAAACAAAAGGUGUCUACAUACUUUAUAACAAAUAAUUACCAAUCAUGAUAUUUGGUGUAGUUAUAUCUAUUGUCAAUAGAAAUAAUAAAUAAUAAUAAUAAUAAAAGUGAUUCUGUGCUAGAAUACUAACACUAUUAUUUUCAAAUCAGCUUGCAAUAACUAAACUAGAAGAAUUCCAGAAAGCAGUCUUAGAUUAUUGAUGACCUUUAUUAUGUAAAACCAUAAACAACUGAGAAAAACAGGCAAACAUAAAGCUGAUCCAUAAUCCGCCCUAUGUACUAUAUUCCAGCUACGAACUAUUACCUUCUGGGAGAAGGUAACCGAUUAAAAAAUUUGUUUGUGCCAGUAUCUAUCAAGUUGCUAAAUCUGGAGCAGUGACACUUAUUUUUAUGUGCUUGUGUAUUGGAUGUAUAUUUAAUGUAUGUAUUGUAUGUAUAUAUUUUUUAGGUGUACCAGGUGAUGUUGGAACGUUUUGAGUCUACUCCAAAUUUCCCUACUAGGAACAAUAAAGUAU